CUUGUCAUAUCUUUUUAUUUCCAUUUCUUUCUCCACACUUUGUAAGAAUGGAGAACAAUAGUACCACCAUGAUAUCUUGGGAAAAAAAGACACUCAUAAUCAAGGAGCUAACCCUAGCAAAAGAGCGAGUAAAACAACUUGAAAUGCAUCUUGAACCUUCUGUUAUUACAAGUGGGAAGCUGUUGAUAACUAAAAUCUCAUCUUUUGUGGAGAAUUCUCUUUUCAUAUUAAAUGGAAUCAAGCCAGAGGGCAGGGAUGAUCAACCCCAAAUAAUGACUGGGUUGACACCAAUCACUCAGACGGAGUCUCCGUCACAUUCCGUUACCGGAAGUCCAAGUAGCGGUUACGAAUCUGAUCUCAUAGCCGACCAUUCCAAAAUGAGGAAAAUUCUACCAAGAUGGACGGAAAAAAUACGUGUCCGCAAACUGAUGGGGUGAAAGACCUCAAAUAUAAAGGAGAUAAUAAAAAUUGUACAAAAUCAAAAUCAAGGAUCUAGAGAUUAGAACUUAAUUUGAUUUUUAGAUUUUGUUUGUAUGGUUAGUUUAUAUAUGGAUUUCUACUAGCAUUUUUUUUUUGGCAUUACUUUUUGCUUUACUUGAUUGUUCUUUUUGUUUUGGUAACUUUCAUAUGGG